AUGGAUUUAGGAAGUGCAAGCAUUUUACCAAGAUUUAGGAAUGAAGGGGAUAAAAAAUUUUCAUCCACUUAAUUUAUUUAGUCUCAUGUUCCCCAUUUAUUAAGCGAGAAUAAUUAAUAGUUAAUGGUUGUUGAUAAUAAUAAUGAAUCAGCUAUGCAAGAAGAAAAUAAGCCAGUUACAAAAAAACUAUUUACUCCUAAUGUUUAAUUAACAGGUCACGUUUCAGAAGUAUUGUGCGUUAAAUUUUCACCUUGCGGUGACUAUCUUGCAACUGCAGGCUUCGAUAAGCAAAUUCUUCUUUGGGAUAUAUAUAAUAAUUGUAAAAAUUUCGGAGUACUUAAAAAUCACACAAAUGCAAUUUUAGAUUUGCACUUUUCAGCAGAUGGAUAAAAACUUUAUAGUGCUUCUGCAGAUAAAAGUGUUAAUGUUUGGGACUUUAAUUAAAUGAAAAGUAUUAAGAAAUUAAAAGGACAGGAAAAUACUAGCUUUGUAAACACCUGUCAUCCUGCAAGAAGAGGACCAGAUAUGCUUGUCUCUGGUAGUGAUGAUGGUUGUGUAAUGCUUUGGGAUUUAAGAUAAAAAGCUCCUGCUUAAGUUAUUCCUAGCAAAAUUCCAGUUACUUCAGUUAGUUUUAAUGAUACUGCAGAUAAGAUUUUUAUAGCAGGAGUUGAUAAUGAUGUCAAAGUUUUAGAUUUAAGAAAAAAGAUUAUUGAUUACGUGUUAUUUGGUCACACAGAUACCAUCACAGGUAUUUCUUUGAGUCACGAUGGAAGCUAUCUUCUAACAAACUCUAUGGAUCAAACAGUCAGAUGUUUUGAUGUUAGACCUCAUGUCACAAAUAAUAGAUGUGUUAAAAUUUUUUAGGGAAAUAGACACUCACAUGAAAGAAAUUUAUUAAGAGUUAGUUGGAAUCCUGAUGGUGAUUACUGCACUGCAGGAUCUUCCGAUAAAUUUUUAUAUAUUUGGGAUACAGCAACUAAGUAAAUUGUACAAAGACUAGGUGGACAUAAUGGAUCUGUAAACGAUGUUUAAUUUAGUCCUACAGAUAAUUUAAUAGCAAGUGCUUCUAGCGAUAAAACUGUUAUAAUAGGGGAAUUACCAUAGUUUAAGAUAUGA